GAAGCCAUCUUCAGCAAGAGCACCGGAAAGGUCGUUUUGAAGACGUUCAGCCUCUACAAGAAGCUGUUGACUCUCUUCCGAGCCGGCCACGACCAAGUGGUAGUCCUGCUGAAUGACAUCCGAGAUGUGAACGUGGAGGAGGAGAAGGUCCGGUACUUCGGGAAGGGCUACAUGGUGGUGCUCCGGUUUGCGACAGGCUUCUCCCACCCCCUCACCCAGAGCGCAGUCAUGGGCCACCGCAGUGAUGUGGAAGCCGUUGCCAAGCUCAUCGCCAGUUUCCUGGAGCUGCACCGUCUAGAAAGCCCCACAGAGCUGUCUCAGAGCAGUGACAGCGAGGCUGAAGACCCCAGGAGCCAGCACUGACAGAUGCCACCCACAGAGAAGCCCCUUGGCCUUGGCUCCUGACAGGGCCCCCGGCUGAGUCGCCCAUCCUGAGGCUCCAGGGCUGGAAUGUCUGCAUCUGGCCCAUUCCUGCUGCUGCUUCUAUCUUCUGUGUGAGACUGCGGGCUGGGCUUUCUCCCAGGCUAGGACAGGCCAGCGCCAUAUCCAGGGGAGGCACAGGCUGUGGGGCUCAGAAAUCAGCGCCUCCCUGGAACCUGAUGGCGGCUUGGCUUGGGCAUUGUGGCCCUGUCUGGACAGACCUGCCCCAGGUCUCCAAA